AUGCUUAGUAAAGGAGACUAUAAAAAAUACAAAGCGCAAUAUAAACGGACUUACGAAUUUUUAGAGAUUAAAAUACAUAAAAAUAAGGUAAAUAUUAUCUAUUUGAUAAAAAAAGAAAAAAUUUAA